GUCAGAUUGUAGUAUUGGUUAGUAAUUUUGUGGUUUUGUCUAUUAUUUUCAUGUAAUUGUAAUAAAUAUGUAGUGUACCUUAUUUUAAAACAAUAGUGUAUAGUUAGUAGAAAGUUAUAUUGCAGUUAUAAUUAAAGCAACAAUUAAUCAAACAUAAAAAGUCUGUAAUAUAUAGUAAAUGUUACAAUAUGGAUCUAGCAAAAUCUCUAUUUCGAGACCACAGAGACCAUGAGGGAUAUGUUGGUAAAGAAGAUAAUAAUAAAAGAGAAUUUGAGAUGGCUAUUUCGGAGAUUGUGGAGGAGGCAGCACUUGAAGAAGCCUUCAAUGGUACUCUUACUAUUGAUGACAAGCUGACUCCAACACCUGGAGGACCAUUUUCUGCUCUAACAUCAACUAUGUGGCCUCAAGAUAUAAUGGCUAAAUUAUCCAUUAUACCAGAGGAUCCAAACUCACAACCAGAAUAUAGGUUUGAUGAAUUUGGUUUUCGUGUUGAUGAGGAAGAUGGACCUGAACAAAGUUCCAAUAAGCUGUUGGGAAUACCAUUUGUUGAAGAUCCACAGCAUAGAUUGCAAUGGGUAGCACAUCUGGAAUUUUCUCAUAACAAAGAAGUAUCUGAUUUAACUUGGGAUAAAGUUGAACUGAAUUUGCCUCGAACAGAUAAGCUAAGAACAAUGGUGAGAAAUGGUAUACCACAUUCACUUAGACCUCAGUUGUGGAUGAGGAUGUCUGGAGCCAUGCAGAAGAAACAGCAAUCUGAAUUAAGUUACAAAGAAAUUGUUAAGAUGUCCAGUAAUGAUUCACUUAUGACGUCCAAACAAAUUGAAAAAGAUUUGCUGCAUACUAUGCCAACAAAUGCUUGUUUCAGCAACAUUAACAGUACAGGAAUACCUAGAUUAAGGAGAAUUUUGAGAGGAAUUGCUUGGUUAUACCCAGACAUUGGCUAUUGCCAAGGAACUGGAAUGAUAGCAGCUUCUUUACUGCUGCUACUUGAAGAAGAGGACACUUUUUGGAUAAUGGUGACUAUAGUUGAAGAUUUGUUGCCAGCUUCCUAUUACAGUUCAACUUUAAUUGGGAUUCAAGCUGACCAGAGAGUUUUGCGUACAUUGAUUGGUAGUUAUUUACCAGCAAUCGACGAAACGUUAAAAAAUCACGACAUAGAACUUUCCCUGAUUACCAUGCAUUGGUUUUUAACAUUGUUUGCAAAUGUUGUGCAUAUGAAAAUCUUGCUGAGAAUAUGGGACAUGUUUUUCUUUAAUGGAUCCAUUGUGCUUUUCCAAAUCACUCUGGGUAUGCUCAAAAUGAAGGAACCCCAAAUGAAAACGCUAGAGAACUCGGCACAAAUAUUCAACGCCCUCUCUGAUAUACCUGGGGAUAUAGACGACGUGGAGAAAUUAUUAGAGGUCUCAUUGGAAGUCGCGAAUUCCUUGAACGAAGUCAUGGUGGAGACAUACAGAAGAAGGCACUUGGCCUAUUUGAUGGCUGACCAAGGUGCUUUAGUUGGAAACCCGGAAGCUGCACCCAAUUUGCCGAAACAACAUCUAGCCAGAAGACAAGUCAAGAAGAACAAAUCUGUUAUACAACUAUUAUUAUUCAAUGAAAGUGGAGAGGAUGACAUUAAGUGCAAAAAUAUCAAACAAACUGAAAUUAUGGUCGAUUUAAGAGAGGCUAUUUUACAAAUUGCUCGACAUUUUCUUCAGUUGGAUCCGAAGAUGUCAUCAGAGAUUUCGUUGGUUGCCGACUAUUCAAUGGAAAGCCAUGCAAUAGAUCACUCGAAUUACAUUAAUGUUUCAAAAAAUCGGAAAAGAAGAGCUAAAGCCUUAUUGGAUUUUGAAAGACACGACGACGAUGAGUUAGGUUUCAGGAAGAACGAUAUAAUAACGGUUUUGAGUCAAAAGGACGAACACUGUUGGGUCGGAGAGUUGAAUGGACUAAGAGGUUGGUUCCCAGCGAAAUUUGUUGAAUUGCUUGAUGAAAGAAGCAAGCAGUAUUGUUGCGCCGGCGACGACAGUAUUUCAGAAACGGUUACGGAUUUGGUCAGAGGUACUCUUUGUCCGGUCAUGAAGCAGGUCUUGGAGCACGGAAUGAAGAGGCCAAACUUCUUAGGCGGACCUUGCCAUCCGUGGUUGUUCAUCGAAGAGGCCGCAACGAAAGAAGUUGAAAAGGAUUUCAAUUCGGUUUAUAGUAGGUUGGUGCUGUGCAAAACCUAUAGGUUGGACGAAGACGGUAAGGUACUGACGCCGGAGGAGCUUUUAUACCGUUGCGUACAAGCUAUAAACUUGUCACACGACAAUGCACAUGCCCAGAUGGACGUGAAACUGAGAAGCCUAAUAUGUUUGGGCCUAAACGAGCAAGUGUUACAUUUGUGGCUCGAAGUAUUGUGUUCCUGCAGCGACGUCGUACAAAAAUGGUAUCAUCCGUGGUCGUUCAUCUACAGUCCCGGCUGGGUCCAAAUCAAAUGUGAUCUCCGUAUUUUGUCUCAACUGUCAUUUAGUUUAAAUCCAGAUUGGGAGUUGCCCGUGAAGAAGGAGACGAACAAUCAACCGUUGAAAGAUGGCGUGCGUGAUAUGCUCGUAAAACACCACUUAUUUAGUUGGGACAUUUAAGGACAGUCUUUCAUAUCAUCCAUUCAUUCAUUCAUUCAUUCAUACACGAUAAAUACAAUAAUUGAUGCAAUAGAUCAAUACAACUUCUAGUCAAUGUAGAUAAAAUAACGAAACUGAAAUGCAGCGUCCUCCACAGAGAAUCUGCAUACAAAAUAAAACAUAUUUUUAUAUUA